UCCUUAUCACUGACCGGUGGGCCUCCGUGCGAGGGGAGAAGUGAGGAACAAACGCCGGCGUUCCUGAUUUUGAUCUCGCCCAGAAAACCCCAGCCGAACUCACCGCCGCCCCACACCCACACCAGCACAGCACGCGAGCUCACCAGAAAACCCCCUCCCUCUUCUUCCACGGGCGCGGGCUAGGAGCGUCGCCGUCGCCUCGCAGCCAUGGCUCAGGAGCAAAUCGUGGGGAUGGAGGACAUGCUACGCGUCGUCCUCCCCUGCCUCCCCGCCCCGCCCUUCCGCACCACCGGUGCCUUCCGUCGCUCCCACAGCCCCCGCAGCGGCGGCGGCGGCGAGGACCGCAUCAGCCGCCUCCCGGGCACGGUGCUCUCCAACAUCGUGGCGCGCCUCCCCGCCAAGGACGCAGCGCGCACCACCGCGCUCUCCAGGCGCUGGCGCCGCGUCUGGGUCUCCACGCCGCUCGUCCUCGACGACUCCGACCUCCUCAUCUUCCGCGACGGCGGCGGCGGCGGCCGCUCCGCGCCCGUCAACUGGCCAGCCGUCACCGACGCCGUCUCCCGCGUCUUCGACGGCCGCAGGGGCGGCCCCAUCCGCUUCGUGCGCCUCACCUGCUGCUUCAUGAAGCUGGCCAUGCGCUUCCGCAUUCUCGAGUACUGGCUCCGGGUCGUCGCCGCGGGGGGAGUCGAGGACCUUGUCCUCGUCAACCGCCCCUUCCCCAGCUCCCUGCCCCUCCCCCUCGACGUCCUCCACAUCGCCUCCCUGCGCACCCUCUACCUCGGCUUCUGGCAAUUCCCGGACACCGCCGCCCUCCCGCGAGGCCGCGCCACCGUGUUCCCCCGCCUCCAGGAGAUUGGACUCUGCGCUACCAAGAUCCAAGCCAGGGACAUCGACCACCUGCUCGCCUGCAGCCCCGUGCUCGAGAAAUUCGCCAUCAUCGCUGGCCUUUACUUCCCCCGCUAUGUCCGGAUCCGCAGCUGCAGCCUCCAGUGCCUUGUCUUCUGGAAGUCCCUGGCGGAUGAGCUCGACGUGGUCGUCGCCCCGCGCCUCCAGCGCUUAAUCCUGUGGCAGGCGUGCCAAUGCAUCAUCGGCUCCCUCCCCUUCCGCACCAGUGUCAGGAUUGGCCACGCCACCGAGCUCAAGGUGCUCGGCUACCUGGAGCCAAGCAUCCACCAGCUCCAGAUUGGCAGCACCAUAAUUGAGAGUGGAACAAACAUGAUCCCAUCUAGCAUGGUUCCAAGUGUCAAGAUCUUGGCCUUGAAGGUGCAGUUCAGAAUCCGCAAGGAAGCCAAGAUGCUGCCCACCUUCCUGAGAUGCUUUCCCAAUGUGGAGACAUUGCAUGUUCUGUCUCAUGAAGCUGAGGAGCCAGAUGGCAAGCUCAAUUCGAAGUUCUGGGAGGAGGUUGGCUCCAUCGACUGCCUAGAGACACACAUCACCAAGGUGGUGUUUGACAAAUUCAGAGGAGAGCGCUGCGAGCUCGCGUUCCUCAAGUUCAUCCUCGAGAGGGCACAAUCGCUGCUGAAGCUUGUGAUUGUAUUGGCAAAUGGAGAUCAAGCCUCAGUGGAUGAGAUGCUUGCCAAGUUGAAGUCUCUGACCACGGCGAAACGAGCCAGCGAAUGCCCUACUCUGUUGGCAGUCGUCCGUGAGGGAGACAGCGCCUGGUACUUUCAGAGAGCAUCCGAUCUUUCUGUCAGUGACCCCUUUGAUUGGUGAAACUCAAGCGGAUGGCAUAUUCCAUGACCAAUUCUAUUAUUCUCCUGAGCUGGUCAGUUGUUUUUUUUUUUUUGUCAUUCAGACAUUCUGUGUGUAUACUUGCUAGGCAUUCCCCAGAAUGUUGUCUCGUGUUCUGUUGGUAGUAUCAGCUUGAUAAGUGUGAGUGCAGUUCUGAGUGAAUCAGGACUCAGGAGAGGUAUAUAGUUCAUGCAAAAUGCUGCUUGACGUUUCACUAUUGAAAAUAUAGAUUCUGCUUCGCUGCUCUUGAGUAGACUACCUCUUAAUGUUGUCGCUGGCUAGUUUCUCAGUGGAAAUGUACUGUAUCUUGGGCAUAAUUGGAACUGGAAAAAUGUCAUAUUGGUAACCCCAGUUUCUGUGUAUUGUUGAUA